AUGUAUCAUACAUCAAUUGUCGCACUAAAUAUAGAUGGAGGUGCUUGUGGUACACUUCACUUGAUGAUGCUCAACGGAGUCCUCCGCACAGGCAAACUCAGAAACCAGCAAAACGGAGCCUUGCACGAAGCUAAACUGCGAAGGCUUCGCUUAAAACAAGGAUCAGAGAACCGAUCAACGCCUUUGCAAACCGGCGAAGUCGAUACAGCUGGUUACUUGCCUACCCACACUCCUGCGGCUAACUGCUCGCGCCGAAGGUCUCUCAGUACUGGAGACUUGCGAUCGAACAAUCUGCAGAGCUCAUCCAGGGGCCGGACUCAGGAACCUGGACUGCAAAGACGUCGGAGCAGCUCGCAAACUUCUAGAACUUCCAAAGUGGCUUCUUCCGAAACUAGCAACUCCGAGAUUCACCAGCAAACUAGCUCAAAUUUGGAAGAUCUGAGGGACAGUGAUGCCAUGGAUGUAGAUGAUUUCAGCGAAAACAAUUACAGUAUCGCGAUGGACUGGUCCAGAGGAACAGAGGGUGAUGAUUCGGCAAGUUUGAAUUCUUUUCAAUCCAGCUCGAAUGUGGAGCAAACAAAGCACACAUGGCCAUUGGAAUCAGUUUCGGAGGAAGGAAGUCCACACGCACGCUCAACUCGUAAUUUCCAGAAACAGCCUCUUGUUGAGGAGGUCCAAACAAAACGCGGAAGACCUCGUCGAUCCCAAAGUCAAAACAACAACACCAAGAGAGCGAAAAUCUAUGAAACAUCUACGUCUCUUGGGAACACCGACCCUCUCCCGACUUCUGAGGAAACCGAUGCACAGGCCUCAAAUCAACUUAUGUCUCCAGGUAUCUCGGAUCACAUUUCACCACGUGAAUCCUCUGAAGAGCCCAAUUUACAGCGCCCCAAUUUACGCCGCUCCAAUCGAAUUCGGUCGCAAAGUUUGUCCACGAGAGUAAGCUCUGAGGUGGUAGGAUCCCCAGCGAAAUUACAAAGAAAGAGAAGUGCAGAUGACAUAGACAAAACAAUGAUGGAGACCUUCACUAGGCGAGGAUUAUUCAAGGCGGUCUUGAAAGGUUGCCCAACCUUUCUACGCCGAGUUGAUGCAAAAAUCAGAGAGGAGUUAAUCCAGAAACUUGCAGAGGCUCCAACAACAAAAUGGACUGCGGAGACAAAUCUUGACCGUGAUACAUAUCUGAUCUGGCUCAGCUAUCUCAACUCAGAGUCAAAUCACCGUUAUGGUACAUUCUCUGACGACAGUAGCGUUUUGGGUGGCAAUCCCAUUCUUACUAGAGCGGUCCAAACUACUAAGAUCCUCAAGAUUGAAGGGAAAAACUACACUUCGAAUCGGGUGACUAGAGGUUGCGGUAAUAGUGCAAUCGAAUAUCACCUGAAAGGCAAGCGUCAUUUUGGAUACAUCCAAUAUGCAUUUCGUGCAAAGCUAGUCCCAACGGUCUUUUUGGUAGUCGACCAAUUCACCAAACUGGAUGCAAGCGAUUCAACACGGGAUUGCUUUUCGGCUCACCCGCGGCUGCAGGCUGCGACAGUAUACUCGAAGAUCGAGUGCUCUGUAGUUGUUGACAUACGGAAUGUUUCGGGCCACAUCAUUGUGCUCCCUAAUUCACCCGGUCUCCUUGGUAUUGCGCAGGAGACUCUAGGAAUUGUAGGGCUGCGGAACAUCAGCUCAUUCAAUGCAGACACCACAUCAGAAUGA